UUUGAUUGUUUCGUAUUCGUUUCGAGUACCGGACGAGUUUGUGCGGUCACACCUUUCCGAUUUUAUUUACGAAUUUUCGCGCAUUUUCACACGAAAAACGCGGAAAAACUUUUUUCGAGUGUUUGAAACUAUCGAUAUUGAUAUACAGGGUGUUCGGGUGUUGUGUGCCGGAUCAAAAGUGACUUGUGAAGACUUAUAAAGUGUACUUUACCUCGCAGAAUAAAUGGAUUAGGUGCAAAACAACUUUUUUAGUGCUGAGAAACAACAGGGCCUCCAAAUGAUCGGCGGUACAGCCAGCGAUCGCAGGGCCCUCGAACGGGAGGCCCUGCGGAACGUCAUCAACCAAUGGAACGCCAACCGUCUAGAUUUGUUUGAACUCUCCGAGCCGAAUGAAGAUCUCGAAUUUCACGGCGUCAUGCGUUUCUACUUUCAAGAUUCCGGACAAAAGGUGGCGACCAAAUGUAUCAGGGUGGCCAGCGACGCCACCGUAGAAGACGUCAUCGGUACCUUGGUGGAGAAAUUUCGUCCAGACAUGAGGAUGCUCAGCGUGCCCAGUUACGCCCUCUAUGAGUUACACGAGGGCUGUGCCGAACGAAAAAUGUCCGGAGACGAGAAACCUUUAUUGGUGCAACUCAAUUGGCACGUGGACGACCGGGAGGGCAGGUUUUUGCUGAAGAAUGUUGACGAUAAAACGGUCGGUUCUAUGGGAUCAUUGGACUCAAACGCGAGCUUUAGACGGAAACUCUCGAAACGUGAGAAGAAACAAUUAAAAAAACAGGAAAAACUAUCGAGGAUGAAGAGUGAAAAUGGAGAUCUUAACGGUGACGCUGAUAAUGUAACGGAAAAACUAUACCAUGAAUUACCAGAAACAUCUUUUACAAGAUCAAUAUCAAAUCCGGAGGCUGUGAUGAGGCGAAGAAGGCAACAAAAAUUAGAGAAAAAAUUGCAGCAGUUUAGGUCAAAGGAUGGCGGCCCAGAUACAGGUGGCACUUUAAAAAUUUAUGGAGAAGCUUUAUGUAAAGACGUUCCUUAUAAAACAUUAUUGUUAUCGAUACGGGACUGUGCAGCUACAGUAGUUAGGGAAAUGUUAGACAAAUAUGGACUCACCAAAGUGGACACCUCACAGUUCUGUCUAGUGCAAGUGACACAGCAACCUGGUAUUCCGGACACCGAAUAUGUACUUGACGACGAUGAAUGUCCUCUAAGUAUACUAAUGACAGCACCCAAUACUGGGUCCAUAAUGUUCCACGUGCGCAGAAGGCCGGCAGACUGUGCGCCGCGCAAGCGCAAGAAAAAACCGCUUAGCGGGAUGCGGGGGGAGCAAAGGGGAGACGUGCCUUUUCUUAUGGAACUGGGACCGGAUGGACAGGCGCCACAUCCUGGCGAUGCCAACAAGACCGUCAGGUUGACCAACGACGUAAUGGAGGUCGGUUCUGCCAACGGUAUCGCUCUUCAGCUGUAUGGACCUCAUAUUCAACCGCGCCACUGCGUCAUCACCAACACUGACGGCGUGACGUCGCUGACACCAUGUCACGCUGAUGCUCACACUUACGUCAACGGACAGAGGAUACAUCAGACCACCAUACUGACUAAUGGCAGCUUAGUUAAAUUUGGGAAUAGCAAUACUUAUAGAUUCGUAGACCCGACUCAAGAAGAUAGGACAAGACAUCCGCUGGGCAGCAUAGAUAACCAGUCAAGAAUAUACGAAAGCCGUUCACCUCGUGCUUUAAGUCCAACGCAAGCGUCAGGUUCUAGGGAAAAUAUAGAGACCACUUUCGAUAUUGACGGCAAUGUAGAGACGGUAUCUACACAUAGCGGUGCUAGGGAAGAUAAUAGGUCUCAAGGUUCCGAUAGUAGGUCAGAGAAUAGGUUAAGCGGCAUGGAUAGGUAUCCCAGGGGGCAAGAUCCAAUCUUGCCGGCUGUUUUGGAAUUCCCAGAAGACCCACAAGAGCAAUUUCUGGCGCGAGUUAUAACACAUUUAGACGUCACGACGCCGACGUUUAGGUUGGCCCCGGCCUACACAUUAUAUUUAUGUGCCAGAUAUCGUGCAUCGACUCAUUACAGACCCGAACUGACCCCGACAGAACGUGCCCAUAAAUUGACGCUACUGCUACAACACGCCGCCGUGUUAAUACGUCACACUGUACAGGACCGAAGUACGGAGGGUACAUCUCAGGCCUUCUGGCUGGCCAAUGCGAGCGAGUUACUGCAUUUUCUUAAAAGUGACAGGCACGUCAGCGCGUUUUCGUUACAGGCGCAGGACACUCUGGCUGACGCCGUUCAGUUAGCAUUUAAGAAUCUGGUCGCCUGCCUCACGGAUGAACUUAACUCAGGAAUGGCUUAUUUAAUGUCAGUAACGGGCGACGAUCAUCCUAGAGAAGCAAUAAACAUUUUAAGUGGAGCCAUGAACCUUUUAAGAAAAUGUAGGGUCAAUGCUGCUCUUACAAUACAGCUUUUUUCCCAAUUAUUCCACUGGAUAUCAGCGAAGGCAAUAACUAACGUCAUCUCGAACAGCAACCUGUGUACGAGGAAUUUUGGUAAUAAGCUCGGAAAUCGACUGAGAAACCUGCAGGCCUGGGCAGAAUCCCAGGGAUUAGAGCUCGCCGCGGAAUGUCAUUUAGCUAAGAUCGUACAGUGCGCUCAUUUGUUGCAAGCGAACAAGUACACUCCCGAGGAUUUGGCCAAUUUAAGUGCGGCUUGCUUCAAGCUUAACUCCAUGCAGCUCGGAGCUUUACUUAUGCAAUAUAAACCUGAGCCUGGUGAAAAGUUGGCUUCACCUUCGCUUCUAGAACAGGCUGCUAAAGCUGCCGAGAGUGUGGCUGAUGAAUUGGCAAGAGCCGAGGGCAGGGAGGUGACGCUUUAUGAAGAUCCUACGCCUCCACUUCAGCUUCUCUUACCGGAUGAUGGUUUUAGCUGCGAUGUUGUACAAGGGGUUCCACCCGGCCUUGCUGAUUUCCUUCACCCUCUCCAAGCAGCCGGCUUAUGCAGGUUGGCCUCUCAACCCACCAGUUCCGGCCAUUGGACGGUGUACAUGAAUGCUCCAAGACCUCCUAGUGCUAUGAGCACAACGCAACCAGAGGUUCAAGUAAUCCGUCUUCACAAAGCCGGCGGCGGUAUGGGUCUUUCCAUAGUAGCCGCCAAAGGGGCGGGACAAGAACGCCUCGGGAUCUACAUUAAAUCGGUGGUGCCGGGUGGUGCGGCGGAUCGUGACGGUAGACUGGCAGCAGGUGAUCAGCUUUUGACCGUAGAUGGUCAGUCGCUUCUUGGAAUUACUCAGGAGAAAGCAGCUGAGUUUCUAGUGAGAACAGGCAGCGUCGUGACGUUAGAAGUUGCCAAAGGUGGUGCCGUUUACCAUGGUUUGGCUACUUUGCUCCAGCAACCCAGUCCGACGCCACAUAGAGGCCCCAGACGAAUGUCUGAACGCGAUUUACCAUCCAGAGUCGACUCGGAACGCACCAUCCCUUCUUCUAAAUCUGUUCCUGCUCUUCACCAGAUCCAUUCACCCACUCAGGAGCAACCGAGGGCCGCAGGAAGCCAGCCUAAUAACUUCUUAGCUGACGGGUACAGUAGGACCUCGUCCAAUAACAGUAUUAACACAAACAACGUGCCAAGCGGAAGCCAGAACGGCCAAAUAGGGCCCGCCGCUUUAAGAAGUCGUUCUACGCAUAACCUAAAUCAGCAACAAGAUGGUGGAUUUUAUCAAAAUUUGAGCGUGUAUAGGAACAAAGUUCCUAGCCCUCAACAACUUGGUGAUCGAACAUCAGCCCUUCGUUCCUCCCAAAACUCUCUACAGUCAUCUAUUACUUCUCCGCCUAACUCACAGCGGCCUUCUUCGGCCUAUUAUCCAACGAAUCAGGCACAACCUAACUUUAAUCGGCCUAACUUACAUCAGUCUAUACCGAACCUGAAAAGUCCGCCCUCUAUGCAAAGGUUACAAGAGGAUAAUGGUCGGCUUACUGGCAGUUAUCCUAAUGUCGGAGCAACAGGGCAGCAACAGUAUUAUACACAACACAUACCUCAAUCACAACAAACCCAGCAGCCGUACCACAGGCAACCUGGACCACCUGGAACAUAUCCUGGCCCCAACGAAGAUACCAGGGACCCAAUAAAUCGUUCACAAUACAACUCUUCUUACCCCAACCCGAAUCAAUCGUAUCCCUCGCCCACUCAAAGCAGUACCCCCAAUUAUUCACAAAACAACAGUUACCCCGCCACUGCUGCGAACAACGGGGCGGUAAAUAUGCAGCAGCACCAUCCAAAUAUAAAUCCCAGUAACGGCCAGAAAUAUGAUGAAAGAUUGGAAAAUCGAGUUGACCAAAGAGGUUACGGAACUUCCAAUGCAGGCCUGUUACGAGAAGACGUUUUCAGGCAGUCUCAAGGUGCUCGACAUGACGAAAUGAUGCGCUAUCCUAGCACUAACAAUGUUAGGAUAUCGGAAGCUCAAAUACAAAACAGCAGAGGAAGUGAAGACCUAAAUCGACAUCAAGAGAUAAGAAAUUCCAAGAGCGAGGACAUGCUAAAACAUCAUAACCAGGGAGACAUGAUGCGAUACCCCAGUAGCGGAAAUAUCAGAGCACAUGAUAUAAACCAACCUCUAAGGCCUGGUCAGGAGCAUAUGCUUCAACAUCGUUUGAGUAAUGAGGAAAGAUUAAUGAGAGGACAGGCGAAAUUAGCGGAGAUGGGAGAAGAGGUACGAAGACGUCAACAGCAACAACAGCAACAUUCCCAAAACCGCCCUAUGAAUCAAAUGACUACAGGAAAUUAUUAUCAACCCCCACAGCAGCAAUACUAUAACAGCCAAAUGGCGCAAUCGAUGCAAAAUCUCUCCAUAAAUUCCACAUAUCAAAACCAUCAACCACCGCACGCCGGACCGCCCGGCGGAUUUAACCAGAACUAUCCCUCGGGAUACCAGACUACUCCUCCCGGUUCGUCAAAUUAUUAUUCCGCCCAUGGCCCGGCUUCUCCCGGAUAUAGACCGCAAAAUACUUUACAAAAACCGACUAAGAAACCGGAAUCUCCUCCCGCACCACCUCCGACGAGUACGCACCCAUUGUACGGAGCGCCGCCUCCAUCUGAUUCUUCCGCUACGUAUACCGCGUCGAAUCAAGACCCACCCAAAAUGGCGCUUUACCCCAUUUCACCUCCUGCUACUAGCAAGCCCCCGAGGGACCCUUGGGCAAGAGAAGAACAGGAGAGACAACAAGAAGCUCGAAGAGAGGCAGCGCGGCAGUGGCAAGAACAACAAAUUAGAGAACUACUCUCGUUGCCCUAUAGGACGCCGCAACAGGAAGAACAGCUCAGAGUGUUGCAGCUUGAACGGGAAUUUCAGAGAAGAGCUCAAGAAGCUGCUGGGGAGGACGAUGAUGAGACUGAAAAGGAGUCUCCAACGCCUCAUAUGCCUCAACCAGUCUCCAGUCAAACAGUUAUAAGUACCGUGCCUUCAACAACCGUGUCGAGCAGACAGGAACCAUCGCAGAUACCCCCCACUUCAAUACUUAAGCCGGGUGGUGCAAAUACUCAGCCACCGGCACCCGCGAUGACCAAUAACGUGCCUGCUAGAGAAAACCAGUUGAUCAAUCGUCCACCCUCACCCGUGGAUCAUAUUGCUGCUCCGCCACCUCCGGAAAGAGGAUCCAGUUUUGCGGUCAUGUCGAUGCGUGCCAAAGACGGAGCGGGAAAGAGGGUUUCUUUUGAACCGGUUUCUACUCAAAACACUAGUCCGCAUUCGCCACAAGCUCCCAAUAGCUUAUCUGUAAAGGAAAAUGUCAGGGAGGAUCCAAAUAGCUUCAUACGUCAAGCUGAAUCUAUGUUGGCAUCGCCCACUACCCCAACAGACGCUAGCUCUAACGUAGCCUCCGCCACCCCGGGCGUAAUCGGAGCUCAAGAGGUUUACAGAGAUCCGAGGGCGCGACGACUCGCCGAACAAGAGAAGAAAAAGAACCAAAACGACUGCACCCCAGUGCCGGAGAAGCUCAGUUUCAAAGAGAAAAUGAAGAUGUUCGCGAUGGAGACCGGCGAACAGGAAACGCCGAAAGACAAAAGUAAAAUUAGCAGGGCCCAGAGGGAUAUUGAUAACCUCGGCGGCGCGCCCAGUUCGGGGAUGGUCCAUUAGAGGCUUUAGGGUAUUACGCGUUAGAGUAUUCUGUUAUUUAUUUUUUUUUAUGUUAAGAAAAGAUUUAUUUUCUAUUGCUGAUCUAUACAUAUAUCGGACGCAGAAAUCAUUAAGGUAUUUUUAUAAUUUCUUUGACAAUAUGUUAGACGGGGUCUUACUCAGUUAAUGUUAGUAAUGAUAGAGGAGAAACUACAAUUAAGGGCCACAAAUUUAUUGGUAUGACUAAUUUAUUUAUGAGAGUACGGUAUUUUUGUUUUGUAGCUAGGCAAAGGGUAAUUAUUUAACUUCUUCCAAAUUAAUGUUUUUAAAACAAAAAUACAUUACAGUGGUAAUGAUUAUGGUGAUUGAAAUAUGGGCUACUAAAAAAAUAUCUACAAUAAUGAACCUUUUCGUUUAAUUUAAUUUUUACAAAAAUUUGAGACAUAGUCAUCUCUGUCAGCACCUGCACGGUCGACAUUAAACAUUGAAUCCAGAGUUCACCUCUGCGGUCUUCGGAAAAUAUUAUUUUUGCAAAAUAGGCAUUCCGGAUCUGGUUUUUUUGUCCAAGUAAGGCAUCGACAUCUAAGUCGUCAUCAUUUUCAGACUCUAUUUUUUUCUGUAAUUCUGGGACAAAAGAUCUUCUGCUAAAGUGAUGUCGGUGAAAAAAUUAUUAGUGGUUAUAUUUCGUCCACUACGAUACCAGUGGAUUGCUAAAGUUUUAACAACUCGUGGUCCUUGAUUCUUUUCUACUAUUCCAUUUAUUUUUUCCUAAAUACACUUCAAAAUUGCAGCAAUAAAAAUGUUCAGCAUUACAAAGGGUCCAUACUUGCCCGCUUUUCUUGGUAUGUAUACUUUGAAUGAGCAACGACCCCGGAAAGUUACCAAUGGCUCAUCAAUAGUUCCAAAAGCUAAAGGAUUGUAAGAUUUCCUGCAAUUCUCAGCAAAUAUCUCAGUGAUCUCACGAAUCGGAGCAAGUUUAUCCUCGUUUCUUCUCUUAGCCCUUGUAGAUAGAUCAGUAAAAUAAAUGUCAGUGAACCUAUUUCUGGACAUAGUAGCCUGAUAAAUAGGCCUGGUGAAUGCAUUGUUUGUAGUCGACCAUAAACUACGUCAACUUUCUCUUGAUUCUCGAAAUCUACCAGUAAGAAUAAGGAUUUCAAGGAAAGCGAGAAAUUCUGUAGUGUCUACGCCAAUCCAUGAUACCAUCUUGACUUCAUAACUUUCAUUAUAGGUGUUUAUAAAGUCUUUAGCUUUUUUGUUUGUGUAUUUUAUAAUAAUAUCUAAUAAAUCAUUAGAAAAGAACAGCUUAAAACAGUCAAUGAUAGAAUUUAUAUCUUUGCUUUUUUGUGAGACCUUUAUUUACUUGCAAGAUAUUGCAUGUGCUACAUUUUCCUGUUUUAUGUGCAACAGUAUACCAAGUGCGAUUAUCAACAUCGUACGACUGUUUAUUGCUCACUGUUUCGUCUUCUAAUGGAUCAGGUAAAUGUAUUUGUUCUUCUUCUAACUCUAAAUGAAACAUUUCCGUCAUGUAUCUCAGGCUCUUCAUCCGAGGUAUCCUCAUCAUAUGACAAAUCACUAAAUGCCUGUUUCAAAGGUAUUUCGGUUUCGCACUCGUCAUCUGAAGAAUGCAUCAAUAUUUCGUAGAGUUCCUUCCUCCUAUUUUUAGACAACAUGGCACUUUACUAUUUAUUAUUGAAAAGUAAAAUAACCCUCUCACAGUAAGGCUCGACAGUAAACUGAACAACAAAGCAAUAAAUUGGAAAUAUACGCUCUGAUCUUGUUUAGAUCUGUAAAAAAAGGAGUCUUCAGAGCACAUACCUAUUUAUCCCAAAACCGGGUCGUCGGUGGCCCAUCCAUCAUUUUUUGAAGAAAAAAUUAGUUUUUUCUUAAAUUUUUACUAAAUAAAGCAUUGUUAUGAUAAAAUUUGAGAAUUCAUGGACGCUCACUGAAAAAAAAUCAGGGAAGCAAAAGAUAUUUCAGGAUUUUUAGGUUUCGGGUUAUCUAACAACCAUAUUCGGUACGGCGAGGAUUAAACAAAAAAAAGAUAAUAAGAAAGCAACAGCAUGGUACUAUCCUCAUAAUGGGAUGUUCAAUAUUCAAUAGGAACGAGACCUAUGAUAGGUGAUUAUGUCGAAAAUGCAUCGAAAUUAUAUUUUGGCUUUACGACAAGGAUAUGAUGACUAUGGACUAAUUUUCAAAUAGCAAGUAAACACUGGUUAACAGAGUUUCUUAAGCAAAAUUGGUAUUAGUCUAUAUGUGAACCAGGUUCCGCGUCGUUUCUAUUGGGAGAAUUCUUUUUUUGCAUUCCAAAUGAACCGGGCUCUGCGUGGUCUGAACUGGGUAGCUCUACAUUUAACUGAGAUAUUGUCUUUAAAAGUGUUGUUGCCCUUUCUGGAACAGAAACAGAAAAGUUAUUCAGGGCAUUACCUAAUUCACUCUCAGCAGGACAGUGUUCUAUUUUUGUUCCUAUUUUGGCAGCAAGAAAUUCGGCUUUUUAGGUAGGCGUUUUCAAAAAGUUCACCAAUAUCAUAUCGGGAUAACUGAGGGUGAUUGAUGAAUCCACUGUCUUAUCUCCUCACUAUGGUACCCUUUUAAUGCAUCCAUGAAUGUUGUGUCAAGGUGUUUGUGGACGGAAUGAGAAGGUAAUGACCAUAUCUCUAGAUGAUUUUGUCCUACCAAUUCGACGACGUCUAAAUAUCGCGUAUGACUAUUAUGUUCAUCUAAAACCAGAAGAACAGGUGAAUAUACAGACGGUUUUACUGUAUCGAUGAAAUGUCUGAACCACUGGGACGUGGUCUGAACCCUUUCGCUAGAAUUAACUACCGUUAUUGUGCCUGGAGAGGUUCCUUUCAUUAGUUCCAUACUCAUAUUUUUCCCGAGGAAAAAUAAACAUUGGUUCGAAAUCCUCCUGCACUCAUGCAGGCUAUCAAAGUUAUUUGUUCUUACCCCUUUCUAGAGACGUUAAAGAUGCAAUUUGUCUUUUACCUUUACCACCUACUACAUUAGUCAAAUCGGUUUCAUGCACGUUGAAGACACGAUUAGUAAGAAAGUCGGACGCAUUUUGCAGAAGCGUAAAAAAAUUAUCAACGCUCUCUUUGUUAAACCCUUUCCCACGAUCGAAAGAUAAAAAACUACAAGUUUGGUCAAAAGUCUCGAACUUAUACGAAGAUUAAAAUAAAAAACAGCAACUUUAAGACGUACACACCACGGCUAGAUUACGGAUAGUAUGUGUGCAUGUCCUAAAGUUCUAUUUUAGAAACUGUUAAUCAGGUCUGAUUAUGCCUUUAGGGGCAAAACCAGUAUCUUGAUCUUAAUAUAAAUUUAAGGUUUUCGACCAAACUUGUAGUUUUUUGUUAUAACUCUCUUUACGAAAAAAUGGACGACUACUUUCAACGAUCUAUGUUCCAGGUUUUUAACCAACAGGGAAUUCUGAUGCCUUUUCAAAGAUCUAACCAAUCUCUUCCCGUUCUUUGUGUAUUUCCAGAAGGAUUACUUAUAUCGUUUUGCUCUGCUCACUGAAACGCCAUAAGCUUCAAAUUAUUGCUUUAUUGCCAUAAGCUUCAUAUUGCAGGUUAAACCAUAAAACUUAGCACCAACAUUUCUUUCAACUGGACCCAAAAGUGUCAGUUCAAUUUCAACAGCUUGCUCUACACUCAAAUGAUCCAAUUGGGCUCAUCGUUGCACCGUUGUCCUUGGUAUACGAAAGGUUUUUGAUGCCCAUAGUUUUCUCCCUUCUGCUUAAACAGCUUAAACAUAACUUUUUUCUCAUCUUUAUCCCAUGUCUUUUGUUUUCUGUAGAUCAAAUUGGUGGUUAUCAUAAGUUUUGUUAACAAUAUAUACAGUAUAAUCAGCCUAAUGAAAGAAAUUUCAUAAUAAAUAAAUAGCGAUAUUUUCGAAAAAACGAUCAGAUACUUUGAUUUAUAUUUUUACUUGCCUAUUUUUUUGAAUAAAAAAAAUAUACAGAGUAUGUCAUGUAACAGUGGUCAAUAUAAUUUUUUUAAUUUUAAAUGUGACACUGUAAGAUCAUAUUAUUAUUAUACAUUAUCCUAUAAUUUUCCCAAUUUUCAACUGUUUUAGAGAUAUUAAGUGUUUUCCGAUUUAUUGCAAAAAUUAACAUUAAAAACAAAAAUAAUUAUUCGAUUACAUAAAUUCUUUACAACUAUUAAUUAAACAACAAAGAAACAUAAAUGAUAAUAGUUUGUGAGACAGUAACUUGGUUGUUUUAUGUUGUACGUGGUCUCUUUGAGAAAAUGGAUGAAGCCUUUUUGUUGAUACAUGAUAAUGUAUGUUCAAUAUGUUCGCCACGAGAGCCCUGACAACAUCCUAAUUUUAAAUUGAAAUUUGUUCUUACUUUUUUCCCAACCCUUAUUUCGUCUUUUUAAAUUAGCUCAGUCGAGGGGUGUAAUUUCGUAAGUAAUAUUUUUGAUGCGCAUUCCUAUAAAAAGAAGUCUAAUGAUGUCAGAUCAGGGGAUCCUGCUGGCCAUUCCAUCGGUUUCCUUCUCGCUAUCCACCGAUUUGGAAGUAUUUGUUUGAGGUACUGCCGGACGUUGAUUGGUUGGUCUAUCUUGAUGAAACCUUACGAUAUUAGCUGGAAUUCCUGGGUUUGCCGGAUCACUAUAUAAGUUUGUCAAAGUUGGCACGACAAUAUGUUAUUUUGGCGCAGUGUUAAAUAAUUAUCACCAUUCAAAUUGCCAUCGAUGGACAAGGGACCUAUCAUAUGAUCUCCAAGAAUUCCGGCACAAACAUUGACCUUUUUCAGGGUGUUGGAUCACUCUCAUCCGGUGAGGAUUUUCUUUAGACCAAUAGCAGCAAUUUUGUCCAUGGUCCAAUUUUGAUCAUGAAGUAUCAAGGUGCACCUAUCAGAAAACAAAACAUGCGCUGAUUGGAUCUCAUUGCUAUCUAACUUUGCUCUUAUUUGUUCACAAAAAUCCAUCCUAUAAAAAUUGUCUUUCAUGAGAUCCUGAAUUUGUAUCAAUUUAUAGGGAUGCAUUUUAUUUGCUUUCAAUAUUCGAAGAAUCGAUGAAUGGCUAACAUCGAACGUUGGCGCUGCUUUUCGACCAGAUAAUGUGGAUUUUCUUCGAACUAGCAUAAUAUCUAAUUUGGUGUCAUCACUUAUUGAAUUCGCAGAUGCUUUUUAACGUGCCUUACAUGUCCAACCUCCCGAAACUGAGUUUCUCUUUAUUGAUUUUCUAUGAGCGAGCAACUUGCAUUUUUGUUCAUGUGUAAUUUCCAUAAUUCCAAUCAUCUGUAGAAAUAUUAAAAUUUGUGCAUUUCUGUUAUAUGAACCAUUCUUCUGAUAAGCAGUUAACGAAAUUCAAACGAGUAUGACAUAGAGUUGAUGAUGAUUGUUAUAUGAAUAUACUAUGGCUGACAAACAAUAAUUUCCAAGGUAUAUUAAUCCAAAGUAAAGAACACAGUUUUAUUAAUUUAAUUUUUUUUAACUUCAUGUCAGUAAGAAGGUAUGUUGAAAUAGUUUAUGUAUACUUUCCCGUUAUCAGAACUGAAAUCGGAAAGAACGAAUUUUUGCAAUAAAUUUAAAGGAAAAAAUUUAAUAUGUCUGAAACAGUUGAAAAUUUGUUUAGGAUAUAUAUUUAUGAAACAUGUCAAGAAAGUGGUGUCGCAAUCAAAACACAAAUAUGAGCCUGCUCAUAUUACAAACCUAAAACCAACCCAUAUUUUAUAUGGGUUACACAAGUAUUUUAUAGGCUAUAUUUUAAGAAAGUUGAAGAAAUAACGAACCUGGAAAAUAGUAAGCGCUUGCGCAUGGUAAAAUGUUGCUACCUUAACUGACAGAUGGCAGAAGGGGUAUCGGAAGUACCACUCUAGCCCAUAUUCCAAGCCUGGCCCAUAAUUGUACCUUCUCCUCUAAAUAAAACAUUUCUUCUUGAAAUUUUUACACUUAAUUCAUAAUGUGUCUUGUUGGGUAAUAAAUUGAUAAAUGUGAUAUUGCCACGUCAACAGAAAAUAAUUUGUUAUUGAGACUCAUGAGAGGAACGAAAACAUAUCUCGUAAAACAAAAUAGGUUAAUGACUUUAAAAGAAAAGGUAUUCUUUGCACUAUAUUUUCGAUAUGAAAUAGAAGGGUUUUACUGUUUAGAACAGGGUUUAACAUUUACGGCAGCUGCCAUAAGAUUUUUAAGAAGGGAACAUAAAUAAAUAUAGAACCUUUUUAUAUGAAUUUAAGGGACCUAAUAAAACAAGUUUAGAGCAGCUUUAGAAGCUCGUUUACAUUAUUGUUAUUAAGAAUUUGCAUAUAUAAAAUAUGAAUUGAUACGCUGUAGUUGGACCAAAUAAUUAGAAGUAUAUUUAUAACGAAUUCGAUUUUCUUCGUAAAAUUUGUAUAUUCUACCGUCCAUGCUUAAGACCACAUGAUAAAACUGUUAUUUAGCUGAAUUCUUUCCAAUAAUAUUUAAUUGCUUUUGAUAAAAAGGUUUGUGUUAAUUUGGAAUUGGUCAUGUUUGCCGGUACAUGUAACAUUGUUUUAAUAGAACCACUUAAUGAAAUAUACUAAACGUUUAUUAUAGUUAAAAGUAAUAAAUUUUAUAUGAUAUUUAACAAGUGUGUUAAAUAUCAUAUAAAAUAUAUAACACACAGUGGUGUGGCACAGCAACCAAGAAAUUGGCUCUCAUUUGUUAGGAUUUUGAUUUUUUUUUUAAAUUAAUUUAAGUAUUUACAACUUAUUUUUUAUAAACCGUAUAUAUUUUUUUAAGCAUUAAAAUUCUCUUUUCAUAGAGUAAAGCGGGGAAAUAUGGCAACAUAAAUGUCAAUCGCUCAUAUUCUGACCUCCAAUACGAACACUGAACCUUAGAGCGUACCCAUGUAGGUUUGCGACGUGAAAACUCUCGUUGCCAUAUUCUCGUCGUCAGAAAGAGUAUAAUCAUAAAUGUCCAAUGAUACGGUAUUGCCAUAUUACCCGCACCCAUGGGUAAUAUGGCAUCUAGCUCAGGGUAAUAUGCCAACAUGUUUUCGUUUUGUACAAAUUAGGAAUUAGGAGUUUUUUUUAAUAAAAAAUGCUAAUGAUCCCAAACACAUAAAUUUAUUUCUAAUGAAAGAAGUCAAAUAUAAAACAUAUUAAUAUAAUUCCUAGUGGCUACUAGUAGAUAUCCUCUAAUUUAACUGUUUCUUUACGCAAAUUCGGAUAAUGGCGUACAUUCUUCGCAAAAUCUGUCAGAUCUCGUACAUAUCUCAUGGAUCCAUUUCAUACAUGUCACGCACUGAAGCCAGUCGCAUUUGGGACCUUUUUUGUCGUAAAAUGAUCCAUGACAUUGUGCGCAAAAUUCUGAUUCAUCAAUAUCGACUUCGGAUUCGUCGCUUUCCUGCGUUACUACUUCUGUUUCGGUAUCUAACGAAGAAGGGCUUGGUAGUUCUUUGGUAUCUCGGUUUUCUUCGUUUUCUUAAUAUUUUGUAUUUUUUUCCGUUCUUCUUUUUGUUUUAAUUUUCUGUUCUUUGCUUCUUUCUUUGCCCGUUUUGCAGAAAUUGUUUCUGGUGAAGUUAGUAUCUCGACAUGUUGUUUCCGUUAAUAGCCACUUGGUCCUGGUUCGACGCGUGGAACCGGUAAAAUUGCUUCAAAGGGAUUCGUAUCUUCAGGUUCCUCAACUGCAGUGACAUGACCUGGUCUGGGAUCAUUCUCCUCCUCACUGGAAAUCUCUUCUGGGUUAAGACUAUCUUCAACCGAUGGUUCGUCGUUGACCAUAAAAGCAUAAUCGGGAAUUUUUUCGGGAUUAAAAGGGUAAAUCCCACAGGUUCUAAAACCGGAAGCCCCGUUUUGAAUUGUGGCAGCCUUACACCAGGCAAUAUUUAAUAGUUGGGCAAAUUGCAAUCGGCUUAGUUUUCGACCAGGUUUGUUAUGUACCCAGUUUUGACAAGUUUGAGCCCAAUAAGCUUUCAAGGGCUUAAAGAACGAGCGAUCAAGCGGUUGGAGCCAAUGAGUGGUGUGGCUGGGCAAACAAAACAGGAUCACGUCAUUCGCUACAGCAAAAUCUAAGAGUUCGACAUUGGAACAGUGCGAGGAAUGUCCAUCCAUAAUUAAUAGAACCUUACCGGUACCUUUCCGCGGAAUAAAAAAAUCUUUAAACCACUGGAAGAAAAUUUCAGAUGUGACAUAAGCUGACUUUUCGCCCAUAACAACCUUGCCGCCAGGUGGUAGGCCAUCUUCGAAUUCCCGUUUUGUAUUUUUGCCCUUAAAUAUGCAGCAGGGUGGGAAAAAAGUUCCAUCUGCGUUUACACAGGUUAUAACGGAAAUAGUUUCUCCUUUUUCAGCGCUUGUGAUACAAUUUACCAGUUUAGCGCCUUCUGUUACCACAACUUUGCCUGGAUUGUUAUUCAAUUGCAAUCCUGUUUCAUCGAGAUUAAAAAUUUUUUGUGGGGUAUUCAAUAAAUUAUUUUCUCUAAGAACGUUUCCCAGUAAUUCAAAAUAUUGUGUACAUUCUUGUUUUGUCAUGCCCUUGACCCUGGCAGUAGACAUACCUUGAGCCUUACGAACGGGGUACAGGGUGUGUUCUCAUAAAGGCUAAAAACCAGUCUUGUCCUGCCAUUUUUCGUUCAGUAUUGAAUUUAUCUGGAAUAUUUUGUUGGGCCACAAAAGAAUAAGCAAGCUUUCUUAUAUCAUGAGCAGUUAAAGCAAAGCCGUGAAAUGCCAUGUUUUGUAUAUAUUUAGCUAAACUUGCUUCUUGUUCCAUAGUAAGUGAGCCUUUGCGACCUAAUGCAAUCUUAUCCAAAUAUCCGGAACGCAUUCUUCUCAUUAAGGUUCUAACUGGAACAUUAUAAGUACGACUCAUUUUCCGAACCGACCCUUUGCCUGCACGAAUAUCACUUACUGCAUUUCAAAGAUCUACUUCUGAUCAUUGGGCCCUUCUAUUUUUCCGAAUAUAAGAACGUUGCAUUUUGUUUAUCUGGAGUGAUAAAAAAAAUACGAAUCACCAUGAGCUAUACCUAUUAAAAAAGUACUUGGGGUAAUAUGCCGCACUUGCAUUUUCAUGAGGCAUAUUACCCCACGGUGCAACACCAACGUUUCAACUGAAAAGCAAAAACCCGGUGUAAAUACAGUCAGCGGCGAAGGGAAAAAUCCAAAAACUAUUUAACUAACUUUAAAAUCAACUUUAGGGUUAAAGUUUUGUUUAUAGAUUCUUCGAUACUAUUAGACUCUAUUUAAGUAAAAGAAAAUAUCCUGAAUUUUACCCGAAAUUCAGAAAAUGGAAAUAAAAAUGAAUUUAGUGGAUUUUGAAACCAACUAUUGAAUUUGGUGGAUUUUAAUCGUAAAUAAAAUGGACUUAGUGUAGUUUGUCACGAAACAAAGUUAUAAUAGAAAAUUAAACCAAAGAAAAUGUAACAGAUAUAACAAAAAGAAAUAUAAGACUACUUAAAGACACUUUAAAACAACAGUUCCAUGUUGUCUAAAUAUAUCCAGGUAUUUUAUAGGUUAGAACCUAUAAAACGCAGAUAGUAGACUGUCUAUUCAAUAUUUCUAAUGGAUUUCUCAAUAUCACCAAAUACCCGGUCCGGAGGAAUAUACGAGUGUCCAACAACAGGAAAGACAAGCUCUAGUUCUUUUAUAGGUGCAGUACUCAACCAUUUAAAACACAUUGCCAACAUGAUGCUGUUCUUAUUUUGUCCUCCGCAUCCAUCAGCGAUAAGACGAACUUUUUCAAUACCAUCAAAAUUACUAUGGUUUAAAGUAUAAAAAACAGCAGAUGCAAUUUCAUUCGCUCCUUUGCGAUGUUUAUCCUCAGUCCAUGCAAAAAUCCGAACAUUUUCUGGAGUAAGUGAAGAAUAAGAGUCUCCUGUGACUGUUGUGAAGUUAUACAUAUACAGUUGUCUACUGUAGUAUACACUCUGAUCUGGAAUUUUGGGCAGAGUUAAAUUCUUUUGACAAUCAAAACUUAUUAUUAGCAACCCUUCUUUUUUUUCUCUCAAUUUUGCAAAAAAAGCUUUUGCUCUCAGUUUGUGAAUUCGAAGUUCAAUCAUUAUCUUGUUUUUCUCACUCGCAUCUUUUUCCUCUUUUAGCUUUUCUCCGAGCUCCAAACAUUUUGAACAUACAUCAGUACGUGGAGAUCCAAACCCUAUGUUAAAAUGGGUAUUAAAAAUUGAUCGGAAAUAACUUCUACUGUGGUAGUGUGAUGGCGUAACCGCCAGAGUGAGCUAUGAGCGAACUGAGGCAUAUUACCCGAUGCGGCAUAUUCCCCCGCUUUACUCUAUGCAAUAUCACAAGUUGACAUUUAAUUGACAAGUGACAGUUAAAGGGAUUUUAAUGUAAAUUAUCUAGAUGGCAUUGGACACCGCGUUAGCUAUUGUUUUAGCUUGUUAAGUUUGUCGGUAGUUAUAACUUGUGACUAUGCGUGUAAUUAAUUGCCAUUUUUUGUUGUCAAUAACCAUUAACUCUUUAUUUAAAUGUAAUUUUUUUUGCAAAUAAUAUUUUUUAUUUUUUUAGAUAUUUGAAGAACUAAGAUAGAAAGUGACACAUUUUAUUAAAUAUACGUAAAAUGCAUUUAGUUGUAGGGGAGACCGGGUUCAUUUUUAUUGUAGCAAAAACUUUUAGUCUUAUAAUUUUCGUAUUUUCCUACUAUAUUCUACAAACCUUUAUAAAUAUUAUAAGAUACUUAAUUUAUUAUUUACUAUAGUGUUAUUUUAAAAGUAUAAAAAUAAAGCAGGUAUGAUUUUGGUACAAUUUACCCCACCUUUGGGGUGAAACUUUUAACAACUACUCUAAUUCUUAAUAGAAAUAUAGUUAUUUCAUAAUGUGGUUCUAUUAUUUUUAAUAUAAAUUUAUAAAAGAAUAAACAAAUUAGUUUAUUGCUAAUAACUUUUUUUUAAACGACUAUUGUCCGAUUCUCUAUACUUGAUCUAGAAACGUAGUGGCUUACGAUUUAGUGAUUUAAACCUAUAUUAUACUGUUAAAAAUUGCCUAUUUCUACUUAAUAAUUAACAAAUGUAUAGAAAGUACUGUUAAAAUGUAUGACUACAUAAAUACCACUUAAAGUAUUAACGAAAAUUACUUAUUGGGGUGAUCAAAAUAAACGCUUUAUACAUAUCAGUAUUUUGACCAUCCCUAUAUUGUAUCUUUAGUGGACAUGAUUUAAUAAGGGAAUUAUUGUUCCCUUUUUACUGAAAGCAAUACUUUUUUGCACGUAAGGACCAACAUACUUCUUUAUAUAAUAAUGUAUAAAUGAAUAGAAGUAUUUUAUAUAAUAUGCAAAAAUACGCCAAAAUAUUGCACUUUAUAGAGUUUGCAGCUGAUCACUUCUGGGAUUUAGAUAAAGAUCUUUUUUCAUGUUAUAUAAAAUAUUAUCUAGCUUUGCUAUGUAAAAAAAAAAACAAAUUAUAUACUAUAGUUAUAUUAUACACACAAAUCUAUAGAUACUAUAUUUUAAGACCUAUUUAAAGCAUUCCUUAAAAAUUUCGAUUUGUUUUUUUUUCUGUAAAUUUAUCCCCAAACUACUGCAAUUUUUUAAAAUUAUAAUAGCCUACAUUAUUUACAUAAGCAAUAUGUAUUUAAGUCACAGUUUAAUAAAAAAUGUACAUAAGCAUAUUAAAAAUGUAUAUUGUACUAAAAGUAGUUAAAUGCUGAUUUAUGAUCUUGUUUAUGAUUUAUGAUAGUUAUAUUAAGCAAAAUUAUGAUCUGUUAAAUUAUGUAAUAAUAUCUAUUUCUUUUAAAUAAAAUUAAGAAUAUAGAAAUA